AUGCCGACGACUCACUUUUCAGAGGACCCUCCACAGGUCAUGAACCAGGAGGACCUCGAGCGCGCGAACCAGCUGCUCAAGAGCCACUCUGCCGGCGACAAUGCGCCCAGCACCGAGAAGCCUGUCGGCGAUAGUGGCGCGGCCAGCAGCGACUCGGUCGACGCCGACAGCGGCCGCGGCCAGCCUACCGGCCGCGGGACGCAGCUCGAAAAGGUUGGCACGCACGACAAGUACGAGAUCACCGAGGACGACUGCUACGAGGAACUCGGCUUCUCGUUCCCGACCUGGAAGAAGUGGUACAUCCUUACCGUCAUCUUCUGGGUACAGGUCUCGAUGAACUUCAACACGUCGCUCUACUCCAACGGCCUGGAGGGCAUCCACCACGACUUUGGCGUCAGCCUGCAGGCCGCCCGCUGCGGCGCCAUGAUCUUCCUCGUCCUCUACGCCUUUGGCUGCGAGCUCUGGGCACCCUGGUCCGAGGAGUUUGGCCGCUGGCCCGUCCUCCAGCUGUCGCUCUUCCUCGUCAACGUCUGGCAGCUGCCCGUCGCCCUCGCCCCCAACUUUGCCACUAUCAUGGUCGGCCGCGCGCUCGGCGGCCUGUCGUCGGCCGGCGGCUCCGUCACUCUGGGCAUGAUUGCCGACAUGUGGGAGGCGGACAACCAGCAGUACGCCGUCGCAUACGUCGUCUUUUCCUCGGUCGGAGGUUCCGUAUUGGGGCCUAUUGUCGGUGGAUUUGUCGAGCAAUAUCUCCACUGGAGAUGGGCAAUGUGGGUGCAGCUCAUUCUCGGCGGCUUCGUUCAGAUUCUUCACUUCUUGACCGUCCCCGAGACUCGCAGCACGAUUAUGAUGAACCGCAUCGCAAAACGUCGCCGCACCCAGAACGGAGAGAAUAUCUGGGGCCCCGACGAGCUCGUCCCAUACCGUGACCGCUUCUCCGUGAGCGAGAUUCUGUCGACUUGGGGACGACCUUUCAAGAUGUUUCUCACCGAGCCCAUCGUAUUGGUCCUGUCGCUCCUCUCCGGUUUCUCGGAUGCGCUCAUCUUCAUGUUCAUUCAGUCUUUCGGUCUCGUCUAUGAACAAUGGCACUUCACCAAGGUGCAGACUGGUCUUGCAUUCAUCCCUAUCGGUGUCGGCUAUCUCGUUGCAUGGCUGCUCUUCAUCCCCGCCAUCAAGCGCAACAUGAAGGAGCGCGCAGCAAAGCCCAACGAUGAGCGCGCUCAGUACGAGUCGCGACUCCGGUUCCUGCUUUGGCUGGCCCCUUGCUUGCCUAUUGGCCUGAUUGGUUUUGCCUGGACCAUCCAGGGCCCCCCCAUUCACUGGAUCGGCUCGAUGGUCUUUGCUGCCAUUGUCGGUAUUGCCAACUACGCUAUUUACAUGGCAACCAUUGACUACAUGAUCUGUGCCUAUGGGCCCUACUCUGCUUCCGCUACCGGUGGUAACGGCUGGGCGCGUGACUUUUUGGCGGGUGUUUUGACCAUCCCGGCCGUUCCCUUCUUCAGCAACAUUGGAGCAUCCAGUGGCAAGAACCUGGAAUAUGCCGCCACUAUCCUGUUCUGCAUCUCCUUUGUUCUAGUCAUCGCCGUCUACGUCAUCUACUGGAAAGGGCCUGUUUUGCGACACCGCUCUCCCUUUGCGCAGCAAUUGGCCAAUGCCCGCCAAGAACACCCUGGCCGCCGCAACAGUGUCAUCCACGAAAGCCGACGAGGCUCAAAAGCCUCUGGUGCCGAACAGCGACCCGGUGAGCGACCCGGAGCUGAGCGACGCUACAGCCAGCAGCACCGAUUCUUUGGCGAAAGUCGUGUCACCCCUCGCCAGACUCCUCGUGGCACUCCCUCAGCAAGUCGUAGGCCCAGUGCUGUGAAUAUUCACGCAAAAUAG